GGGAGCUGUUCUCGCGAGAGUUGUGCGAGAGGCUCCCGGCGGCUGCCUGUGGGAUCGCGGCCACUGGAGCCCGAGCGGGCGCUGGAGCUCGAGCCGGUGUGGUGCGGCGCGGCGUCGGCGUGCGCUGCCCGGGGAGCGGCUGCAGGGGGACCGCGGCGGGAGCAGCCUCGAGCCGUGCAGCCGGCUCCCCAGCACGUUACCGAGGCUCGCCGCGGCUGACGGGAGGGGAGGACGAACGCGCGCCGCUGGGUCGCAGCCUCCGCACUUGCGCGGGCGAGCGGGCGAGCCGGGGUCCGGUCUGCCUCGGGCGAGCGGAGAACGUGCGGCUGGCUGCAGGCAGGGGGCUCCCCCACCCCGGGCUCGGCCACCUCCACGCCCCGCAGCCGCCGCUUGGAAGAUGUCGCAGGAGAGGCCCACGUUCUACCGGCAGGAGCUGAACAAGACCAUCUGGGAGGUGCCCGAGCGAUACCAGAACCUGUCCCCGGUGGGCUCGGGCGCCUAUGGCUCGGUGUGUGCUGCUUUUGAUACGAAGACGGGGCACCGUGUGGCUGUGAAGAAGCUCUCCAGACCGUUUCAGUCCAUCAUUCACGCCAAAAGGACCUACCGAGAGCUGCGCCUGCUGAAGCACAUGAAACACGAGAAUGUGAUUGGUCUGUUGGACGUGUUUACACCCGCAAGAUCCCUGGAAGAAUUCAACGAUGUGUACCUGGUGACCCAUCUUAUGGGGGCAGACCUGAACAACAUCGUGAAGUGCCAGAAGCUUACUGACGACCACGUUCAGUUUCUUAUCUACCAGAUCCUCCGAGGGCUGAAGUAUAUCCAUUCGGCUGACAUAAUCCACAGGGACCUAAAGCCCAGCAACCUAGCUGUGAACGAAGACUGUGAGCUCAAGAUUCUGGAUUUUGGGCUGGCUCGGCACACUGAUGAUGAAAUGACCGGCUACGUGGCUACCAGGUGGUACAGAGCCCCUGAGAUCAUGCUGAAUUGGAUGCACUACAACCAGACAGUGGAUAUUUGGUCCGUGGGCUGCAUCAUGGCUGAGCUGUUGACCGGAAGAACGUUGUUCCCUGGUACAGACCAUAUUAACCAGCUUCAGCAGAUAAUGCGUCUGACGGGGACUCCCCCUGCCUAUCUCAUUAACAGGAUGCCAAGCCAUGAGGCAAGAAACUACAUUCAGUCUCUGGCCCAGAUGCCGAAGAUGAACUUCGCAAAUGUGUUCAUUGGUGCCAACCCCCUGGCCGUCGACCUGCUGGAGAAGAUGCUCGUUCUGGACUCGGACAAGCGGAUCACAGCAGCCCAGGCUCUCGCGCAUGCCUACUUUGCUCAGUACCACGACCCUGACGAUGAGCCGGUGGCCGACCCUUACGACCAGUCCUUUGAGAGCAGGGACCUCCUUAUAGAUGAGUGGAAGAGCCUGACCUACGAUGAAGUCAUGAGUUUUGUACCGCCACCCCUUGACCAAGAGGAGAUGGAGUCCUGAGCGCCUGGUGUCCACUCUGUCUAUCCCACUUCACUGUGAGGGGAAGGCCUUUUCUCGGGAACUCUCCAAAUACCAUUCAAGUGCCUCUUGUUGAAAGAUUCCUUCAUGGUGGAAGGGGGUGCAUGUAUGUGUGUAGUAUGUGUGUGUGUCUGUCUGUCUGUCCACCUAUCCUUGUGGAAGUCAUUGUGAUGGUAGUGACGUCAUGAGUCAUGGCUGCUCCGUGGCAGUCUGCCUGCUUUCUCAGAGUCUAGGCAGGCCAGUGGGUACUGCCAUCUCCAUAGGGACGUGUGUGUUAAGUCAAAGUAAGAAACAGUCAUAGAUCCCUGUUCCUCGUUACCUUGCCACUUUGUCUUCUCCUGUGGCCCUGUCUUUACCAUAUCACAGUGACAGAGAGAGGCUGCUUCAGGUCUGAGGCUAUCCCUCAGCCAUGCAUAAAGCCCAAGAGAACCAACUGGCUCCUGGGCUCUAGCCUGUGAUUAGCUUGCUUAAUGUCCUCAGGACCUGACAGGUGUGUUCAAAGCUGCCAGUCUGUGUGUGCCUUAAAAGGAGAGAAGGGCGCGUAGUUACAGAAUCUCAGCUGCUGAUGUUCUGAGCCAGGCAAGUGCACAGGGCUGUUGGAUGGCCAGCGGGGAGCUGGAAAAAACAAGGCAGCGUUCAAGGAGGCCAUGGGUGCAUGUGUGUGCAUGCGUGUGUGUGCAGCCGCUCUCCCUCACUUCCAGGAGCAAGCUGUUUUCUAUGCUUACCGUUCACCUCAGUGCAGGGGUCUCCAGGGCCAGGCACAGGUUCCUGCCAUCAGUAGCUUCUUCUUGUGUGUGUCAUCUUCACAUCUGGCCGAGUGCAGGUGUGUUUGCAUGCUGUGCUCUUGGAGCUUGUCCUGUCUUCUGGAAGCCCUGGGCCAGGCGCGUGAAGACUUCCCAGCAGUUCCUGUCCACCGCCUCAGCUGACGCCAUGGGCACACGGCUGCUCCUCACUCCAACUACGUUGUGUUGAACACAACUGACCCUCCAGGUGCUCAUGGUGCAGGAAAACCGGACAGACAGAGCACCGAACCCUUGCCAUCUGAUGUCGCCAACUCCCCUAGGACUGUCCCAGCUCUGGAAAUGAUGUUCUCCUCACUCGUGGUAGUAACCAGCUAAGAAAGCUGAAAACUGAACGAAGGAAGAAGCGAGAGCUCCUGAACCCAGGAACUCCUCUUACUCUCUUUCUCAAAACAGGGUUGUUAGACACAAAACCAAGUAGUCACAGGUCCCUCUCUUCUAAGGGCCCCCAACCCCCGGGCAGCUUGAUGCUGAUUUCAGUAUCGAUUUGGGGAGAAAGCAAUUUUGUCUUGGAAUUUUGUAUGUUGUAGGAAUCCUUAGAGAGUGUGGUUCCUUCUGAUGGGGAGAAAGGGCAAAUUAUUUUAAUAUUUUGUAUUUUCACCUUUAUAAACAUGAAUCCUCAGGGGUGAAGAACUGUUUGCAUAAUUUUCUGAAUUUCGGGCACUUUGUGCUAUAUGAGGACCCAUAUAUUUAAGCUUUUUUGUGCAGUAAGAAAGUGUAAAACCGAUUCCAGUGUUGGACAUAACAGGUCUUGUAUUUAGGUCAAGGUGUCUCCAUUUCUGUCAGUGCAGGGACAUGCAUACUCCAUGGGGCAGGGUAUGACCCUGAAUCACCUGGAGUCCAGAAGGAGGCAGACUGGCCAGGCCUUGCCGCCCGCCUCAAUAUGCAGUUCAACUCCACAUCAACCCAUCAAGAUGGGUUAGUCACAGUGUCUGGUUUUUGAAUGCCAAGUAUGAUUUCCAACAAAGCUCUGCUCUGGUAUUUUAUUGAAGACGUCUUUGCACAUGUGACCACGCUGUGUCAAGGCUGUGCUCCAGGGCCCGGACUCAAAGCGAGAGCUGGCAGAGAGCUCCUGGCAUCCACAGCACAAGGCCGCCGCCCACUUUCUCCAUCGGAAGACAAGGGAACGAGAAAACUGCUGUUUAUUCGUAUUUGUGAACUUGGCUGUAAUCUGGUAUGCCAUAGGAUGUCAGACAAUACCACUGGUUAAAAUAAAGCCUAUUUUUCAAAUUCA